CAUCCGGGCCCUGUUCUUCUCGCCGCCGCUGUCCGGAGAGAGGCGGCGCCAAGAUGGCGGCUCCCAUACUGCGCUGGAAACGCGUUACCAACAGCAGCGGGCCGGUACCGCGGCCGCGCCACGGCCACCGCGCCGUCUCCAUCAAAGAGCUGAUGGUAGUUUUCGGCGGCGGCAACGAGGGGAUCGUGGACGAGCUGCACGUUUACAACUCAGCGACCAACCAGUGGUUCAUCCCGGCAGUGCGGGGGGAUAUUCCCGCAGGAUGUGCAGCUUAUGGAUUUGUGUGCGAUGGGACUCGCCUGCUGGUCUUUGGUGGCAUGGUGGAGUAUGGAAAGUACAGUAACGAGUUGUAUGAACUGCAGGCAAGCCGGUGGGAAUGGAAGAAAUUGAAAGCCAGAGCCCCCAAAAAUGGCCCCCCACCAUGUGCCCGACUCGGACAUUGCUUUUCAGUAAUCGACAACAAAUGUUAUUUAUUUGGGGGAUUAGCCAAUGACAGUGAAGAUCCAAAAAACAAUAUCCCACGGUAUUUAAAUGACCUGUACAUAUUGGAGCUUAAGCCAGGGUCAGGAGUUGUAGGAUGGGACAUACCGGUCACAUAUGGAACUCCCCCCCCACCCAGAGAAUCUCACACUGCAGUCGUGUAUCGCAGCAAGGACACCAGUAAACAAAAACUGGUCAUCUAUGGUGGGAUGAGCGGCUGCAGGCUUGGAGACCUGUGGAUUCUGGAUGUUGAAAGUUUAACGUGGAAUAAGCCAGAGGUUGCCGGAGUUCCUCCGUUGCCCAGAAGCUUGCACUCUGCGACAAUGAUCGGGAGCAAAAUGUACGUUUUUGGUGGCUGGGUCCCCCUUGUUCUGGAAGAUGUCAAAGUUCCCACUCAUGAGAAAGAAUGGAAGUGCACAAAUACGUUGGCAUGCCUGGAUCUUGAAACAAUGAUUUGGACUCAGAUCUCGACUGAAUCGUUUGAGGACAGCAUCCCUCGUGCCAGAGCUGGUCACUGCUCAGUCUCCAUAAGCACACGUCUCUAUGUGUGGAGUGGUCGAGAUGGUUAUCGCAAAGCUUGGAACAAUCAAGUCUGUUGUAAAGACUUGUGGUAUCUUGAAACAGAAAAGCCUCCGGCUCCUGGCAAGGUCCAGCUGAUUCGAGCAAGCACCAACUCCCUGGAGGUCAGCUGGGGAUCCGUGUCGACUGCCGACAGCUACUUGCUUCAGCUUCAGAAGUACGAUGUGCCAGUAGCCACCGCCGCCAUGACCCCUCUGACCAACUCUGCCGUGUCAGGCGUUCGGGCGCCCAGCAGUCCCGCUCCCGCCACCGCAGCACCAGCCUCGCCUUCGCCUGCGCAAUUGGGAAUCCGCUUUGUGACGCGGACUGCUGCCACGCCAGGGACGCAGGCUGCACCCCUCACCCCUGCCGCCUCAUCUCCAGCUGUGCUCAGAAUCCCAGCCACCAUGGUCUCUCCACGCACUCCAGGGACGGCAAUGAUCAGGGCAGCAGCCGGCCAGACGGUGGUGGGACCAGCAGCUUCUACCGCACCCCUCGUCACUGUACAACGGCAGGUUGCACCUCAGGGUAAAGCCCCCAUCACUGUGGCGACCCUUCCACCGGGCAUCCGUAUGGUGAGGCCAGCACAGACCACAGCAGGGACGCCGCUUACCUCCAGCCCACAGAUGAGUGGGAUGGCAGCUCUGGCUGCUGCAGCCGCUGCCACUCAGAAGAUUCCUUCAAGCACAGCGGUCACCUCCAUUGGAAUUCACCCUGGCACAACCAUGGUCAAAACUGUGGCAGUCACCCCUGGAGCCAAUACUUUGCCAAAUGCUGUAAAAGUAGCAACUCCAUCAGUCAUGGUCAACGCACCGGCAACCUCAAUGUUGAAGACUGCAGCUGCUCAGUUAGUGACUCCAACGCAUGUUGCCACCACCACGGCUCCGGCUAGACCCAUUAUUACAGUGCACAAGUCAGGAACAGUCACUGUGACCCAGCAAGCACAGGUGGUGACCACUAUGGUGGGAGGUGUCACUAAAACCAUCACGUUGGUGAAGAGCCCCAUCUCCAUGGCAGGAGGAAGCACACUGAUUUCCAACCUGGGCAAAAUGCUCACGCUGCAAGCUAAACCAGGACAACAGGCUACCAUCUCAGGCACAGGCUCCUCCGGGCCACUUACACAGAUCUUCCAGACCAAAGGUCAACUGCCUCCAGGGGCAACCAUUUUAAAGCUCGUUACGUCUGCAGAUGGGAAGCCUGCCACCAUCAUCACCACCUCCCAAGCGGGUAAUGUGGGCCUAAAGCAGACGCUCAUGAGCCUUGGUAACAUGUCGCCUGCCUCUUCAAAACCAGCCACCACCAUUCUCAAAACUAUCCCAAUGUCUGCACUUAUAUCACAGCCCAGCACUACAGGUGUCACAGGGACUGCUGGCAUAAAAUCACCAAUUACAAUCAUCACCACGAAAGUAAUGACGUCUGGAACAGGGACACCAACAAAAUUCAUCACUGCUGUGCCUAAACUGCAAGGACAAGGACUGACCCAGGUGUUGCUGAAGGGUGCGGCAGGACAGCCUGGCACUAUACUACGCACAAUCUCUGGGACGCCGAUGAGUGGAGUCAGGUUGAUCACCCCAGUAACCGUGUCUACCACCAAACCGGCACUCACCACUUUGGUAGUGAAAGGCACCACUGAUGUCAAUACAUUGGGGACAAUGGGCACCACACUAGCAGGAGUGUCUACUGUAUUGCCCACCCUCAACACUUCCAUGGCAACCCUUGGCACCAUCACCAACCUUGCCGGGCAGGUAAUCGGUGUAUCCUCCAAUACCUCUCAGAAACUCACUGCCGUAACUGGAGCCACCUCCACAGCUCCCAUCAUUGCUCUUCAGCCUGCUUCUGAGCCGAACAGGGUGACAAUCGUGGCUGCUCCCAGUGGCGUGGUGACACAGCAGGCCCAGCAGCUCGUGAACUCGGGAUCCACUUUGAUCACAGCCUCUCGGCCUUCCACCGUAACGUCAGAGACUCAGACCCAGCAGCUCAAGCUGAUAGAAGCACCAGUUAGGUGUUCGAAUCCUCCACAUGAGACCAUGGACACUAAUACCACCAAUACGUCUACAACCACCACAGCAAACAUUGCGGCAAAUCAGGUCCAGCCUACCGCCUUGAAUGCACAAGGCCUCCCUGAAAGUGUGCACGGUGAAACUGCGACAACAGGAACAAAUAACACCGCAACCACUGCUUCCACAGCUCAGAGUGGCGCAGUCACCACGGUAACGCAAUCCACACCCGUGCCUGGCCCCUCCACACAGUCGGUCCCGUUGCCUGAAGCUCAGUCUAACAGUGGUGUGCAGGGUUCUGUGGCGACGGUGGGCCACACCACUCUACAGAUACUGCCUCCGAACUCAUCAGCUGCAGCGGAAAACAUGGAAGUAACCCCUCAGACAGCAGCAGAGGGUGUCCCGAUGCCCAGUGCCCCAGCUGUGCAGGCACAGCCCACAGUCAGCCUGCAGCAGGAACAGCUCCUUCCCCCUCGUGAGCUGCUGGCAGACAGUCGGCAUGAGACCCUGGGCGAGCUGGGGCUGUCCCCUGAGGAGCUGGCAGUGGCGGCUGCCGCUGAGAAAGCAGCCCGCCUGGCCGUGCUAGAGGAGGAAUCCAGGGCAGCAACAACAGCAGCAGCAGCCCUGGCAUCUGAGGAGGCCGCAGCGAGGGAAGAGCCCAUGGAAACCUCAUCAGCAGAGUUGGCAGCAAUACAGCCCUCAAAGCUUUCCCACCAGGCUCUGCAGACACUGGUGUCCCUGCAGUCUAUUGUACCGUUAGCUGAACUUGCACAGCAGGACAUAGAAAGAGCAGGCCAGCAACAGGCUUCAGAGAGCAACCAACCCUCCGGGAUAGCAGAGGCCCUAGCACCAGCAGAUAGUCUCAAUGAUUCUACCUCGGAGACCAAUGGGCCUCAGGAACUGGCCAGCACUGUCUCGAGUGUUCAGCUGCCCAUUCUGAGAACCACGGGUCUGGCCCCAUACACUUCUCUACUGACACCAACAACCAACUCCGUUUCCAGCCCUGUGAAACUGCUGGCGGCCACUGCUUUAGCUCAAGUAGCCAACGGAAUCGGACUUGCUGCAUCGAAACAGGAUGCCCCUCCUGCCCAGCCGAAGCCAACAGCCAGGAAAGAAGCCAAUCAGUGGUACGAUGUUGGCUUGUAUAAAACUACAAACACAAUGGUGGUCUCAUAUUUCUUGCCUACAGAGGGCUCUCAAGGAGAAGAGGAUGGAAGUGGAGACAAUAUCCCAGACCACAGCAACCGGAAGACCAUGAAACUGCAGUCGGGCACUGCCUAUAAAUUCCGGGUGACAGGAAUAAAUUCCUGUGGACGGGGUGCAUUCAGCGAAAUUUCGGCAUUUAAGACUUGCAUGCCUGGAUUCCCAGGAGCACCAUCGGCCAUCAAGAUCAGCAAGGUAGCUGAAGGUGCACAGCUCUCGUGGGAGCCUCCUGCCGUCACCUCCGGAGUCAUUAUCGAAUAUUCUGUGUAUCUGGCACUUCCAGGCUCACAGGUAGCAGAUCCCAAACCCGUGGGGACUUCGCAUCUCCUCUUUGUCCGUGUUUACUGCGGGCCAAUUCCCAGUUGUCUUGUGUCUUCAACCAACCUGGCAAACGCGCACAUCGAUAGAACCACUAAGCCUGCAAUCAUCUUCAGGAUAGCAGCAAAGAACGAGAAGGGAUACGGACCAGCCACCCAGGUCCGGUGGCUGCAAGAUGCCAGUAAAGAUGGAGCAAGGCCUGCAAUCAAGCGUUCUGUCACAUCUCCCGAUGACAAGCUAUUAAACUUGAACAAGAAGCCCAAGCCUGAUGGUUCCUAACUCCGUUCAUUGUGAACGCCCGCCUUUUUUAUUUUGUGCACCUAAGGACUUCGCCAUGGCUACUCUUCGGGGGUUUUUAUUACAGAAGAACUCACUUUUAUUGCUGUUCAUUUACAACAAGAGCAGAAUCUCGGUGGAAACCUGCAGUGAACUGACAGUAUUACUUGAAGGGAGGGCACCCUGUUGCGUGGAAGUGCGUUCACUUGACAAAUUGUCGAUUUAUACAGACUUUCUCAUCAGAGUAAAGACUUUUUUUGUUUUUCUAAUUCUCUCUGCUCGUUCCUGUCCUCGUGACCUCGCCCUGUGCUCAGUUUACUGCACAUCCUGAGAGCCAGAUACACACCCAAUGUUAUCAACAUGCGGCAUUCUCUAAAACAAAACUUUUACUUGGGAUUACAGAUGUCUUCCAAGUCUUGCCAAGCUUGUACCUUUCUCACAGUAACUUGGAUAA